GAGAGGGGAGAAAUAAAAGGAAUAAGCCCCACAAGCCCUCAGUCUUCCAGCAGCGAAGAGGAGACACAGGAAUAACCAUGCCUGAGCCAGUCCCUGAAGCUAAACCGGCGGGAGAGGAUGCACCCCCUGCAGAUGGAGCAGAAUCAGACACUGAUGGGGAUGAGCCCGGGUCGACUGAGCUCACUGGGCUCUUUGUCGAGAAGCCGCCGGAAAGUGUCGUCGCUGUCGCAGGAUCGGAUAUCACUUUCACAGCCAGGGUUGACUCGACCACCUUGACGAGAAAACCCACCAUGAAAUGGCUGAAGGGAAAGUGGCUGGACCUCGGCAGCAAGGCCGGGAAGCACAUGCAGUUCAAAGAGACUUACGACAGAAAUACCAAGAUUUACACUUAUGAAAUGAAGAUCGUCAAAGUGGUCGCUGGGGACGCUGGGGGCUACAGGUGCGAGGUGACGGCGAAAGACAAAUGUGACAGCUCCACUUUUGAGAUCUCUGUUGAGGCGGCACACCAGGAUGAGCAGGCGGACAUUUUGUCGGCCUUCAAGAGAGCUGAUGCUGGAGAGGAUGAGGGAGAUCUGGAUUUCAGCGCUCUCCUGAAAGCCACUAAGAGGAAGAAGAAGCCUCAAAAAGAGGAGCCACCAAUUGAUGUGUGGGAAUUGCUUAAGAAUGCCCAUCCUAGCGAGUACGAGAAAAUCGCCUUUGAGUACGGCAUUACCGACCUGAGGGGCAUGCUGAAACGUCUGAAAAAGAUGAAGGCGGUUGAGCCCAAACAUAGCGAGGCUUUCCUGUCGAGGCUUGAAUCGUGCUACUCGGUGGACAAGGGCAAGAAAAUUGUCCUGAGAUGUGAGGUGGUCGAUCCCUCUGUCCAGGUCAAAUGGUUGAAGAACGGCCAGGAGAUCAAACCCUCAGCCAAGUACGUCAUGGAGGCCAACGGGAAUGUCCGAACGCUCACCAUCAACAAGACUAACCUGUCUGACGACGCUGCCUAUGAGUGUGUGGUGGGAGAAGACAAGUGUUUCACAGAGGUGUUCGUCAAAGAACCCCCUGUGACCAUCACCAAGCUGAUGGAUGACUAUCACGUGGUGGUGGGAGAAAGAGUGGAGUUUGAGAUUGAGGUGUCAGAAGAGGGUGCCCAUGUCAUGUGGUUCUUUGAGGAUCAGGAGCUCCACAAAGAGAAAGACUCUAAGUAUCGCUUCAAGAAGGAUGGAAAGAAGCAUAUGCUUAUCAUCCAAGAGGCUACACUGGAUGACAUUGGAAUGUACCAUGCUUGGACAAAUGGGGGUCACACCAAAGGAGAGCUGGAAGUGGAAGAAAAGGAACUGGAGGUUUUGCAGGACAUUGCUGAUCUAACAGUCAGGGCAGCAGACCAGGCUAUGUUCAAGUGUGAAGUGUCUGAUGACAAGGUUACAGGAAAGUGGUAUAAAGAUGGAGUGGAGGUCUUGCCAAGCGAGCGCAUCAAAAUGACUCACAUUGGACGGUUUCACAGAUUGAUUAUUGAUGAUGUGAAGCCAGCGGAUGCAGGAGACUAUACAUUUGUUCCUGAUGGAUAUGCUCUGUCACUUUCUGCCAAACUUAACUUCUUGGAAAUUAAGAUCGACUAUGUGCCAAGACAAGAUCCUCCAAAGAUCCACCUGGACACCACUGGAAACAUGGUCUCCCAAAACACUGUCAUUGUGGUGGCGGGCAACAAGCUCCGUCUGGAUGUGGAGAUCUCAGGAGAGCCAGCGCCCACCGUUGUUUGGUCCAAAGGAGACAAACCAAUUACGGACACCGAAGGGCGUGUGAGGGUGGAGUCCAGAAAAGAUCUGACCUCCUUGGUCAUUGAGGGGGCAGAGAGAGAUGAUGAGGGCAGCUACAGUAUCUGUGUUACUAACCCAGCUGGAGAGGACAAGGCUAUGCUCUUUGUGAAGAUUGUGGAUGUGCCUGACCCCCCUGAGAAUGUCAAAUGCACAGGAGUGGGAGAAGAUUGUGCCACAAUCAUCUGGGAACCCCCUAAAUUUGAUGGUGGUGCACCAGUCAAAGGUUAUCUCAUGGAGAGGAAGAAGAAAGGCUCUUCCAGAUGGACAAAGCUCAACUUUGAUGUGUACGAAUCAACUACAUACGAGGCCAAGAGGAUGAUUGAAGGCGUCCUCUAUGAGAUGAGGGUGUUUGCAGUCAACAGCAUCGGCUUGUCUCAGCCAAGUCUCAACUCCAAACCCUUCAUGCCUAUUGCCCCAACUAGCGAGCCAACGCGUCUGACAGUCAAUGACGUGACGGACAGCACGUGCACCCUGAGGUGGCUCGCCCCAGAAAAGAUCGGAGCAGGGGGCCUGGAUGGCUACAUUAUUGAAUACUGCAAGGAAGGAGACACUGAGUGGGUGGUGGCAAACAAGGACCUAUGUGAGAAGCAGGGAUUUGUGGUGCGCGGCCUUCCUGUGGGAGAGAAGAUCAACUUCAGGGUGGUGGCGGUAAACGUCGCUGGGCGCAGUCCUCCUGCUCUACUGGGACAGCCCGUCACCAUUCGUGAGAUUGUUGAAUAUCCAAAGAUCCGCCUCCCUCGUGACCUGAGAACAAAGUACAUCAGGAAAGUAGGAGAAAAGAUAAACCUGACCAUCCCCUUCCAGGGCAAGCCACGUCCUGUCGCGACCUGGUACAAGGAUGGUCAACCCAUUGACCCCAAGAUGGUCAACGUCCGUAACUCAAACGUGGACAGCAUCCUCUUCAUUCGCUCAGCAGAGAGAGAGCACUCUGGGAAAUAUGAACUGGUCCUACAGAUUGAGAACAUGGAGGACAGGGCCGCCAUUGAGAUCAGAGUUGUUGAAAAGCCUGGGCCUCCUGUGAAUGUGAGGGUGACGGACGUCUGGGGCUUCAAUGCUGCACUGGAGUGGGAGCCACCCAAGGACAAUGGCAAUUGUGAGAUUACUGGAUACACCAUCCAGAAGGCAGACAUGAAGACCAAGGAAUGGUUCACUGUUUACGAGCAUAACAGACGGACAAACUGCACAGCUUCAGAUCUGAUCAUGGGCAACGAGUAUAUGUUCCGAGUCUACAGUGAAAACCUGUGCGGCCUGAGUGAGGAGCCACGCGCCAGCAAGAACACGGCUGUCAUUACUAAGACAGACCUGGUGCUCAAAGCAAACCCCUACAAGGAGAAAGACAUGGCCUGUAUCCCCAAGUUUACCCAGCCCCUGGUGGACAGAUCUGUAGUGGCCGGCUACAGCACUGCCAUCAGCUGUGCUGUCAGAGGCUUCCCCAAGCCUAAGAUUAUCUGGAUGAAGAACAAAAUGAUCAUUGGUGAGGAUCCCAAGUACUUGAUGCAGAACAACCAAGGGGUGCUGACCCUGAACAUUCGUAAGCCCAGCACCUUCGACGGAGGCAAGUACUCCUGCAUGGCUGUCAACGAUCUGGGCAAGGACGAAGUGGAGUGCAAGCUGGAUGUCCGAGUUGCCACAGACCCGGACAAGAAGUGAGAAACCAAACCGCAAUGAAUGUGAAAUCAUACAAACCAAACUGCAAAUGAACCGUCACUAUGUAGAGAGUACACACUAUCUAGAGUGAAUCUAAUAAAAUGUAGUGAAACCUGCUGUAAA